UUCCGCCUUUCCCUGUGUUCUCUUCAGGCAGUUUCGGCCCGCCGAGUUUACGCGCUUUUCUGGGGCCUCUGUCACAUGACGGGGGAGCGGCAGCUGUAUCUUCAGAGUUGUCUACAUACUUCCAAGAACAGGACAAAAUGAACAAGAUUGAACAGAAAUUCCAGGGAUCAGUAUCAUUUAAGGAUGUGACUGUGGGCUUCACGCAGGAGGAGUGGCAGCACCUGGACACUAGCCAGAGGUCCCUAUAUAGAGAUGUGAUGCUGGAGAACUAUAGCCACCUUGUUUCAGUGGGGUAUUGUGUUACCAAACCAGACGUGAUCUUCAGGCUGGAGCAAGGAGAAGAGCCAUGGAUACUGGAGGAUGAAUUCCCAAACCAGAGUUUCUCAGAAGUUUGGAAAGGUGAUCAACUGAAAGAGAGGAGCCAAGAAAACCAGCCUAAAAAUUUGUGGGAAGUUGUAUUCAUCAAUAACAAAGCACAGACUAAGGAACGAGGUAAUGUAAUAGGAAAAAUAUUUAACUUGGACGUAAAUUGUUUUCGUUCCAGAACAAUACUCUGUCAGUGUGACUCAUGUGGAAUAAAUUUCAACAAUAUUUCAAAAUUGAUUAUCAAUAAGAAAAGCUAUCUAGGAAAAAAGUCUGAUGAAUUUAAUGCCUGUGGGAAAUUGCUACUCAAUACUAAGCAUGAGAAUAUUCUUACUAGAGAGAAAAGUGAUUUUUUUAAAAAUAGGAAAACCCUCAGUCAUCAUGAGGACCCUAUUUACCACAAGAAGAUUCAAACUUUAGAACAAAAUUUUGAAUAUAAUAUGUGUCGGGAAACCUUUGAAAAGGCAAUAUUCGAUACACACAAGAGAGAGAACUUGGAAGAGAAUGACUUUGAAUAUAAUGAAUAUGGGAGAACUUUCUGUGAUAAUUCAUCCAUUUUGUUCCAUCAGAUACCUCUUUCAAAGGUGAAUCAGUAUGAAUUUAGAGAUUGUGAAAAAACCUUAUGUGUGAAGCCUACCCUUUUGAAACAUCAUGAGGUACAAAUGAAACACUAUGAACAUAAUGGAAGUGGAAAUAAUUUGAAGAGGAAGUUUUAUCUCUUACAACUUCAUAAAAUUCAUAAAGGAGAGAAACACUUUGAAUGUAAUCAGUGUGGGAAAGCUUUCUGGGAGAAAUCUCAUCUCACUCGCCAUCAGAGGGUUCACACAGGAGAGAAACGCUUUCAGUGUAAUGAAUGUGAGAAAACUUUCUGGGAGAAGUCAAACCUCACUAAACAUCAGAGAUCACACACAGGGGAGAAACCUUAUGAAUGCAAUGAAUGUGGGAAAGCCUUUAGCCACAAGUCUGCCCUCACGUUACACCAGAGAACACAUACUGGGGAAAAACCAUAUCAGUGUAAUGCAUGUGGGAAAACUUUUUACCAGAAGUCAGAUCUCACUAAACAUCAGAGAACACACACAGGGCUGAAACCCUAUGAAUGUUAUGAAUGUGGGAAAUCCUUCUGUAUGAAUUCACACCUUAUAGUACAUCAGAGAACUCACACAGGUGAGAAACCCUUUGAAUGUCUUGAGUGUGGAAAAUCCUUUUGUCAAAAGUCACAUCUUACACAGCAUCAGAGAACUCAUAUAGGGGAUAAACCCUAUGAAUGUAAUGCUUGUGGGAAAACUUUCUACCACAAAUCAGUACUCACCAGGCAUCAGAUAAUUCAUACAGGGUUAAAACCUUAUGAAUGUUAUGAAUGUGGGAAAACCUUCUGCUUGAAGUCAGACCUCACAGUACAUCAGAGAACUCACACAGGGGAGAAACCCUUUGCAUGUCCUGAAUGUGGGAAAUUCUUUAGCCAUAAGUCAACUCUUUCUCAACAUUAUAGAACACACACAGGGGAGAAACCUUAUGAAUGUCAUGAAUGUGGAAAAAUUUUUUAUAAUAGAUCAUACCUAACUAAACACAAUAGAACACAUACAGGGGAGAAACCCUAUGAAUGCAGUGAAUGUGGAAAAACCUUUUGCCAGAAGUCACAACUCACUCAGCAUCAGAGAAUUCACGUAGGGGAGAAACCAUAUGAAUGUAAUGAAUGUGGGAAAGCUUUCUGCCAUAAGUCAGCUCUAAUUGUACAUCAGAGAACCCAUACAGAAGAAAAGCCCUAUAAAUGUAAUGAAUGUGGAAAAUCUUUCUGUGUGAAGUCAGGACUUACUUUACAUCAGAGAAAACACACAGGGGAAAAACCCUAUGAAUGUAAUGAAUGUGGGAAAUCCUUCAGCCACAAAUCAUCCCUCACGGUACAUCACAGGGUUCACACAGGGGAGAAAUCUUGUCAAUGUAAUGAAUGUGGGAAAAUCUUUUACCGUAAGUCAGACCUUGUGAAACAUCAGAGAUCACACACAGGGGAGAAGCCCUAUGAGUGUAACAUAUGUAGAAAAACCUUCUCUCAAAAGUCAAACCUCAUUGUACAUCAGAGAACACACACAGGAGAAAAUGUUACGAAUGAAAUGAGUAUCAGAAAUGUUCAGUCACAAGUCGGCCUCCACGAUACUUCAGAGUGUUCAUACUGUGGUGAAAGCUCUUUUGACAUCCUGAAUGUUCAGUAACCUUCAUCCAUAAACUGGCCUGUUUUUAUCCUAAAGUAAUGUUAGGGGACAAACUCAUAGGCUGCACAAAUAUAGAACAGUGUUUGUUAAGAGGUGACAUUUCAUUGGAUGUGAGGUAUAAAACCUUGUAGAUUUUUUUAAUUUGUAGAAGUUUUUAGCAAAAGUACAAACUAGAUUAUGUCAGAGUUUGUAUUGAGAAAUUUGUCAACUUAAGGAAUAUAAAUUGUAAAUUUUUGCUUAGAAAUAAUGUAAUAUUACAAAUUGUAUUUUGGGUUUGAUGCCAUAAUUUUCUUUAGGAAAUACAACAAAUAGUAAUUUAUAGAUGUACGUUGUGGAAUGUAAAGCCUUAAAAACGUUUUUAAAAAGUAAUAAAAAAUAUAGAGUUACAAAAAGUUGCAAUAAGAGUGCAGAGAAUUCCCAUGUGUCCUUCAUCAAGAUUUCCUCUAAUGAUAGUAUCUUACAUAUUAUUCUCAAAUACAAGAAAUUGAUGACACAAUGUUACUAACUCAGAUAAAGACUUUAUUCAGAUUUCACCAGUUUUUAUAUGCACCCUGUGUGUGUGUAGUUCUAUCAAAUUUUACCACUAGCAGAUUUGAGUAGCCAUCAGCACAUUUAGGUUACAGAACUGAAAAGGAAUCUGGGAUCUGCAUUUCAUCAGGAUUACAAAGAAAUCAGGAUCUAACCUGAAGAAGUUCCCUUGUAUUGAUAGUCACACCCUUUCCACAACCCUAAUGUUGG